CCUUAGUUAAUUUUAUAGCUCAUUACUAGAUAUUUAUCGUUCUGUAUUCUUGAAUAUUCGGAGGCAUUGUCGAACUCAUUAAAUCUUUGCUUUCUGUAAGCACUCCCUUUGUCGAGAACUCGGUAAAAGGCGUGAAUGUCUCAAGAAAAUUUGCCCGUCUACACCUGGGAGGAGGUUGCCCGCCACGACAAGGACGACGAUUGUUGGGUUGUGCUCUACGACAGGGUCCUGGACGUAACCAAAUGGCUGAAUAAGCACCCAGGCGGCUUCGAUCCGAUCAGGGAUAUGGGUGGCAUGGAUAUCACGAACAGCUUUGAAACUAUUGGUCAUAGCAGUACUGCUCUUGUGCAAAGCAAGUCUUUCAUCAUCGGCCGGGUGGAUGUGAGCCAGAAGGAUGUCGUCAAGGCGAAACCCAUUCCAGAAGUACCAAAGUGGUCGGAGAUGAGUAAGGAUGAGCUGUACAAAUAUAAGGCUGGCGGCAAUAUUAUCCCUUUAUGGGUUAUUGUCGCGUUUAUUUGUUUGAUAAUUGCGUUGUUAUAUUUAUUAUUGUAAUUGCGGGGAUAGUGAUAUUUUGAAAGCCACAUGUGCGCAUAAACACGACCCUGAUAAAGCCAAAGCGCUAUACUAAGAAAAUGAGGUCAUCCGAUUUUUUUAUUUUUGAAAUGUAGCUUUACAUUCGAAUAGAGAUCUAAAGUCUCUCAGACGCACCCACGUGCAACAAAAAUGCCCAUGAAAGGGUCACAAUUAGCACUUAAUAAAAUACCUUAGUGUUGUUUUUCCUACAAUGGCAACUCUUUCCCUACCUCCCAUCGUUGAAUAAAACUUAGUGAAGAAAUUUACAGAAUACAUCGAUAAUAAUGACACUUUUCUGGGUAAGGAAUAAUUGAAGCGUCAUAACCAAUGCUAUUAAGUAUGAUACACACAAUAAAAGGAAGAAGAAAUAAGCAAAGGCUCGAAGGAAGUGGAAAAGUAUGUGUUUUGGAAUCUUACUUUAAAUCUUUUUUUUUGAAAUUAUAAAUCAUAGCAGAUGUUUGUACUCAAAGGAACGCGCUAAUUUGACAUAAUAAAGUAUCUUUAAGUAGAUGAAUAAUAUAGUUGUUUCUUCACCAUGGUGGAUGCAGUCUAUAAGAACACUACGUCGAUGUGUAUGAAAAACUUAUGUUACUACAAUUCUCUUAUGUGGGGCUUAAAAAGUCUCAGAAUUUUCUUUUUUUUCGUUUCAGAUGAAAGCUUCAUAGGCAAAGAGAUAUUAAUUGGAGCUACACUGAUAACCGAGAUGUGGUGCACAACACAAACUUAA